CCCUUCAGGCGAUGAGGACCUGCUCAUAAAUUCACUCGCUUUGAUAUUACAGCUCUGGUAUCACCUUUACACAGCGACAGCCCAUCGACCACCGGCAGCACAGCAACGCCCAUAGCAACGGCACUGCGCAUCCUCAUUCUGUUUCUCUGACCCAGCAACACCGGCCGCGCUCCACCAACAACCAACCUGUUUUUCAACGACCUUCUAAACGCUGGAUCCAUAUCACACCGUUGUGUUUUUCCUUUUAUCGCAAAGGACCAUGAACGCGCCGUGUGCAGUUAUUCUCUCAUCAGUCAAAGGAGAGGAGGGUAAAUGCUGGACCAGCUGGUCAGCAGUUUUUGCUGUGGAAGAAUCAAAAUAAAAUUCACUCCUCAUUCUGAAAGCCCUUCCUUCAGCUGAAACACUGAGGGAUCCUCCUCCCUUCAACUCACCUGUAAGUUCUGGCCUAUCAAGGACCUGGCAGCGGCACGGGAGCUCCGCCCACCACACCCUCUAAAUGAGGGACAAGGCCACUCAGACCCCUAGGGCCUGGGUAGAUGAGCGGAGGAGAGGUUCUCAUAAGCGAUCGGCUUCCUGCGACAGCACUGACCAGCUUAAAGAGAUCGCAAAAUUGCGACAACAGCUCCAGCGGAGCAAACGCAGCAGCCGUCACCGCCGGGACAAAGACCGCAAGUCACCCUUUAAUGGCAACCAUACCAUCAUCCAGUCACAGUCUCAGAUGCCCAAAACCAUCCUGAUUCCCAUCCCCAUCUCUAAGUCCACACCUCCCAGAUUUCGGAACAGCAUAGAGGGGCUCAACCAGGAGAUUGAACGCAUCAUCAUACGGGACACUGUGGAACGAGAUGAGAUCAUAGUACCUCAGGACGUUCCUGAUGGGCACCGUGCGCCCCCUCCCCUCCCCCAGCGCAGCAGCAGCACACGCAGUAUUGACACACAGACGCCCUCCAACGGCGGGCUCGGCAGUAACCGUAGCAACAGCAGCAGCCGGGCUGACUCUGUCUCACCCUCGUACCUCAGCAUCCUCAACGACACAGUGGGAAACAGCCCGCUCGAUGACACGCUAAACGAGAGCAAAGAAAGAGACCUGGGACCUUGGUCCCCUCUGCCCAAAUAUGCUUCCUCUCCAAAGCCCAACAACAGCUAUAUGUUCAAACGUGAGCCUCCGGAGGGCUGUGAGAGAGUUAAAGCUUUUGAAGAAAUCCAGCCAAGGCCUCUCCAGGAGAUUCCUCCAUAUCUCUGCCCAGACAGAAACAAGGUGAACUUCAUUCCCAAGAGCGGCUCUGCUUUCUGCCUGGUGAGCAUCUUGAAGCCUCUGCUGCCCACCCAGGAGCUGAACUUCCGUAGCGGGGUGGGAUACCGCAGCAUCUCCCCCUCCUUGGUGCCUCUGGGUGGGGUUGCGGUAAGGAGCCUGUCCCCCUCCAUGGGUCCUGUCCUGUCCCGUGGACGUCAGUCACCAUGUCUCCCACGACAUCUUGAGGAGCCAGAGGGUUAAAACUGAACAGAAGAACCUCAGCUGAUGAACAGAGAUGCCAUUUUUCCCACACUCCUGUAUCAUCUGAUAGAGUCAGAGCUUUGUUAGGAUUUUAGAACCGGUUCUGAACAGCUCCAAGCGAUAUCUGUCUGAAACUUGAAUAUGAGGUUUUUUUUUUUUUUGAUUAUCUAAGGGUAAUGGUAUUACUUGUAAAAGGAGGAUUGAAAGGAGGUUUUUUUUU